CACCCUACGUGGCUUCCAUCUUCACCAUUUGUGUCACCAAAACUUUUCCUUCUUUCCUUUCUCUGCAACCAUGUAUAUGUAUCUGUAUAUGUAUAUGUAUUGUAUAACCCCUCUCUCUAUGUUGAAAACCUUCAUAUAUAUAUAUGUAUGUAUUAGGUUUGGAAAAUAGCUAGAAGUGGUGGGAGAAGAAGGUUGUGUCUGGCUAGUAAUCUUGGUGGCUCUCUUCUCAGUUCUUGAUUCAUUCUUGAUCUGCUUCUCUUUUUGUGUUUGGAGGUUGCAGUGCCGGAAAUGGCAGAGAUUACCAAGAAGCUUUUGAAUGGAGAUGGGAAAGGAAAUGGAGGUGAGGAGGCGGUGAGAUUUAAAGACAAGCUCUGGGCGGAGAAGAAGAAGAUGUGGGUGGUUGCAGGUCCUGCCAUUUUCACCAGAUUUUCAACCUUUGGCGUCACUGUUAUUAGUCAAGCUUUUGUUGGUCAUAUCGGCCCUAUUCAACUUGCUGCUUAUUCACUAGUAUUUACUGUUUUCUUGAGGUUCGCAAAUGGUAUAUUGUUGGGCAUGGCUAGUGCAUUGGAAACUCUCUGUGGGCAAGCAUAUGGUGCAAAGCAAUACCACAUGCUUGGGAUAUACCUACAAAGAUCAUGGCUAGUCCUCACCAUUUGUGCAGUCUGUCUUCUUCCUUUGUUUAUCUUUACAGCUCCAAUUCUGAGAGUUUUGGGCCAAGAUGAAGAGAUCAUACAAGUGGCCAAAGGAAUUGGUUACUGGUUAAUUCCAAUCAUGUUCUCUUUCAUUGUUUCCUACACCUGUCAAAUGUACCUCCAAGCACAAGCCAAGAACUUGAUUAUUGCUUACUUGGCCGCAUUCUCGCUUGUUACUCACCUCUUUCUCUCAUGGCUUUUGACUGUAAAGUUCAAGCUGGGACUUGAUGGGGCACUGACAUCUACCGUUUUGGCAUACUGGAUACCUAAUAUUGGCCAGCUCUUGUUCGUUACAUGCGGAGGGUGUAAAGAGACGUGGACGGGUUUCUCAACUUUGGCUUUUAAGGAGCUUGGCCCUGUAUUUAAGCUUUCAUUGUCAUCUGGUGUCAUGCUUUGUCUUGAGCUCUGGUACAAUACAGUUUUGGUUCUUUUAACAGGAAACUUGAAAAAUGCAAAGGUUGCCAUUGAUGCUCUUGCUAUCUGCAUCAACAUCAAUGGAUUGGAGAUGAUGAUUUCGCUUGGUUUCUUGGCAGCCGCUAGUGUUAGGGUGUCAAAUGAACUCGGGAGAGGGAGCUCUAAGGCAGCAAAGUUUUCAAUCAAGGUGAUAGUUUCGACAUCAUUUACAAUCGGAUUUGUGCUUUUCUUGUUCUUCCUAGCUCUCAGAGGAAACCUUGCAUACCUAUUCACCACGAGUGAAGAGGUUGUUAAGGCAGUUGCUGAUCUAUCGCCACUCUUGGCUCUAUCCAUUCUUCUGAAUAGUGUCCAACCAGUACUCUCUGGAGUUGCUAUCGGAGCUGGAUGGCAGAGUGUUGUGGCAUACGUUAACAUAGCUUGCUACUACUUGAUUGGCAUUCCUAUCGGCGUAGUGCUUGGAUAUGUGGUCGGAUUACAAGUCAAAGGUGUCUGGACUGGGAUGUUGCUUGGAGUAUUUGUUCAAAGUAUUGUGCUUGUUAUAAUCACUUCAAAAACUGACUGGGAGGAACAGGUAUUUAUGUCACGAACCCGUUUGCGUAGAUGGUUUGUUGAAGGCCCCGAAGAUCGAAACCGAAACACACAAAAUGUUUGAUGUUGUUUGAGACGAUUUAGGGUUUAAUUUUUGUCACGAAAUGAUUCCAUUUUUGUUGUAUAAUCAAAAUAUUGUUCUGAACCCAUUGUGGUAAGGGUGAAAUUAGGCUGACUUUCCUGAAUCAAGGUAUGGUAACUUGUUCACUUAUUAUAAAAAAUGCAAUUAAUUAAUUAUAAGACA